GCUUAUCAGGUUGUUUGUGACAUUGGAUAUCGCAUUGAAAAAUAAAAAGUUUUUUUCACGUGAACAUGAGCAGCAACACGAAGCGGACCAUUUAUGUAGGUGGUUUGGCUGAGGAAGUUGAUGAAAAGGUGUUACAUGCAGCAUUUAUACCUUUUGGAGAAAUUGUUGAUGUCCAGAUACCAUUGGAUUAUGAAUCUGAAAAGCACAGAGGAUUUGCAUUUAUUGAAUUUGAAACAGCAGAAGAUGCAGCUGCAGCUAUAGAUAACAUGAACGACUCGGAACUGUUUGGCCGAACAAUAAGGGUAAAUAUCGCUAAGCCACAAAAGAUAAAAGAAGGUUCAUCGAAACCGGUAUGGGCGGAUGAUAAUUGGCUACAAGAGCAUGCAGGCGAGACAUUAAAAAAUGACGAUAGUACAAAGACAAAUGAUAUUGCGCAACCAAAGAAAGGAAAGCAAAAUCCUCAGGUUUACUUUGAUAUAAGUAUAGGAAAGCAAGAGAUAGGCAGAAUUAUCAUGAUGCUACGAGCAGAUAUUGUACCAAAGACUGCAGAGAACUUUCGGGCACUUUGUACACAUGAGAAAGGAUAUGGAUAUCAGGGUAGCACCUUUCAUAGGAUUAUUCCAGAUUUUAUGUGUCAAGGAGGUGAUUUUACCAAUCAUAAUGGUACGGGUGGAAAAUCAAUCUAUGGCAACAAAUUUGAUGAUGAGAAUUUUGAACUGAAACAUACCGGUCCAGGAACGAUAUCGAUGGCUAAUUCUGGCCCAAAUACAAAUGGUUCACAAUUUUUCUUGUGUACAGCCAGAACAGACUGGUUGGAUGGAAAGCACGUUGUUUUUGGACAUAUCCUUAGUGGAUUAGAUGUACUUAGAAAAAUUGAAAAAUGUGGAUCAAAAGCUGGCACGCCAUCGCAAAAAGUCAUCAUAACUGCUUGUGGAGAAUUAGUAUAAUUAUUUCUGUGUAUAUAAAAUAUUUUUUUAUAAUAAAUCAUUUUAA